UAUCGUGCUGCAAUUAGUUCAUUGAAAACUCAGUCGCUCGCGGAGCGGUCAGGCAGAGACUCCUCUCGGCUUUUUUCCCUCCUGCCUAAGGAUCUCCAACGGAGAGCUGCAACAAUGCCCAAAAGAAAGGCUGCAGGUGAUGUGAGCCAGGAGCCAAAGAGAAGAUCAGCCCGACUGUCUGCUAUGCCUGUGCCCUUUACACCGGAGUUGAAACCUAAAAGAGCAUCAACUUCAAGGAAAACCAAGACCACAAAUGUCGUGGAAGAAAACAAAGAUGCAAGUACCAUACCAAUUCCUGAAACCAAGCCAGAAGAUGUUAAAGACGAAUGCAACAUGGAAAAUGCUGAAAAUGGAGAAGCCAAGAUUAUGGAGGCACCCAUUCCUAAAAUGGAAGCUGAGGAAGUAAAAGAACAGAUAAAUGAAGACACUGAAGAAGAUGGAGGAGAAAAGAAAGAAGCAGUGGCAGCAGAAGCCAAAGAUGAUGAGCUAAAAGCAAACAUUCAAGAUGUGGAGAAAGAUGAAGAUGGAAAAGAGCACAAAGAUACAGGUGAGGAGGUGGAAGACGGAAAAAUAGAAGAAGAAGGCCUAAACGAGAAACCAGGUACAGCCAAAAGUGAAGAUGCAGAGGUGUCCAAAGAUGAAGAAGAGAAAGGAGACAAUGAAAAAGGAGAAGAUGGCAAAGAAGAAGGUGAUGAGAAGGAAGAAGAGAAAGAUGACAAAGAGGGGGACACUGGAACAGAAAAAGAAGUAAAAGAACAAAACAAGGAAGCCGAGGAGGAUGAUGGGAAAUGCAAAGAGGAGGAAAACAAGGAAGUUGGAAAGGAAGGUCAGCCUGAGGAAGAUGGAAAGGAAGAUCUGCAUGAGGAAGUUGGAAAGGAAGAUCUGCAUGAGGAAGAUGGAAAGGAAGGUCAGCCUGAGGAAGAUGGGAAGGAAAUUCAUCAUGAGGAAGAUGGAAAGGAAGGUCAGCCUGAAGAAGAUGGAAAGGAAUAUCUGCAUGAGGAAGAUGGAGAGGAAGGUCAGCCUAAGGAAGAUCAAAAGGAAGGUCAGCCUGAGGAAGAUGGAAAGGAAGAUCAGCCUGAGGAAGAUGGAAAGGAAGGUCAGUGUAAGGAAGAUGGGAAGGAAGGUCAUCAUGAGGAAGGUGGAAAGGAAGAUCUGCAUGAGGAAGAUGGAAAGGAGAAAGAUGGUGGAAAAGAGGAUAGAAAGGAAGAAGGAGAGCAAGAGGUUGCUGUAGAUGAAGGGAGUGAUGAAAACAAGGUGGAGGCAGAAGAAGAAGGAGCCGAAAACAAAGACUUCAAACAAGACGGAGAGAAAGAGGAGCCUCUGAGUAUUGUCUAAAACUGCCCUCUGUGAGAUCAUAAUUCGGUAACACGUACCUUCCUGUUGUAAUGUUAAUAGAGAUAAAUAUUUUUAUCAGAUAUUUUAUAAACAGUGCUUUUCUUUAGCAUCAUUCAAUCUUAGAUCAUCAUCAUCAUACAGGUUAUUAGUUGCAAAAUGCCUAACAUGACACCUUUAUACAUUUUGUGAUUAUAGUAGUGCAAAAUAUAAAAUGUAUACUUGCAACUUUGUGAAUUUCAUCAUGUGUAAGUUAUGUAUUAAAUCUUUGAGUUUCAAUUUUAUUCUUAUACGUGGUAAAUUUGCAGAGUAGGAGAAUUCCAAAAGAAAGAGUUUGGCACAACUUUGAUGUAGUUCUCUAGGUUGCUUUUAUAAAGAAGGUCAACUAUUUUCAGGUAAUGCUAAGAGUCGGAAUUGACAUUACCAAAUACAACUGUAUUAGUAGCUUGGAAAGUAUAAAAUUUUAAUUUCAUUUUUGAAGAAAUUUGAAUGUUUAUUUCAGGAGGGCAGUUUUGAUUAUAUGUGUAUGCACAAAGUUUUGCUGGAUUUAUCAUAAUAAAAGAGUUCCACAAAUA